GAUGAGGUAAACAUACAGUUCAACGACGUCAAUUGUGCAGAAGUGCACUCAGUUCAUCACGUCUGCAUCUGUGUAUAGCACUCAGCCACAAUGUCCAACGCAAGUAAUAGCAGUACACACAGUCUGCCCCACCAUGCCAUGCGCAAGCCAAGCUUUCCCCACGUACACCACGGGUACAAUGCUAUCGAUGACGAGCAAGAAAGUUCUGUUCAAGGCGAAGCGGUAUGGACCAAGGACACAGCGCAUGCCACUACAGUGACAGGCACUGUGUUCAAUAUCAUCACUUCGUUGGUCGGUGUAGGGAUCGUGGGGCUACCUGUGGCCAUGGCCCAGGCCGGAUGGAUUGGCGGCAUGCUUAUGCUGGUGAUUGCCACGUGCUUGGCCAUGUAUUGCGGUAAGCGACUGUCUUUAUGUAUGAACGACGGUGUGCCCGGACAUCAGUUCGGUACUUAUGUGGAGCUGGGAGAGUACUGUGGGGGUACUGUGGGCAAGUGGCUUGGGUUCUACGCAUCCUUUGGCGGCUGUCUUGGUGGCAGUAUUUUCUUUGUCAUUUCUGCUGCGGAACAGUUUGAAACGCUUUUUCCGAGAGCCUUGCCGUACAAUACAUGGGCGUUGAUUUUUGGACUGUUUACGGUGCCUGUGUGUAUGUAUAAGACACUUGGUCACGUGGGAGCUGUCUCCGCGCUGGGUGCCGCCACCUCAGCGAUUGUUAUGUUGCUGGUUGUAGCCGUAGUUUGGGACGAGAAGCUCGAGGGUCACACAGUGGACGUGCCCAACCACACCGAACUAUUUCACGGCAACCCCUUAGAUAUGUCGUAUGCGUUUGUGAAAAUUAUCUUCGCAUUUGGUGGCAUGUGCGUCUUUCCUGAGAUCAACCGAUGCAUGAAACAGCCGUCCAAGUUCCCCCUGGCGAUAUAUAUAUCGUGCGGAAGUACGUUCAUCUUCUACGUGCUGCUUAUGUGCAGUACCUAUGGUGUCUACGGAGACUACAUCCUUUCCGAUCCGGCCUACGCCAACGUCAUCAAAAUGCUGCCCAACAACUGGACGGCCAAGGUUAUGGCCCUUUCUAUGCUGGCGCACGUAUACGCCGCAUUUGUUGUGAACAUGAAUCCGAUCUUCCGGGGCAUUGAGAUAGCCCUGAACAGUGACGGUUCAGAUAAGGAAAUUCUGUAUCGAGGUGGUCUACGCACAGUGCAGGUGUUGUUCACAGUGGGUGUGGCUAUCGCUGUACCGUUCUUCGGCGAUGUAUUGUCUCUUAUUGGCGCAUCUAUGGACUCACUCUCUGGAUGCAUCUUGCCGGCCUGGUUCUACCUGGUUCUAUUCUACCAGCGAGAUCUGGUCUCAACGCCUGAGGCCAUGGCCCAAGGCGAAGUGGACCUUAAGUACCUCAGCAUGGAGCAGGAUGAUACAAAACAAUUGUUAGACACUGACAUGCGACCGUCUGCAGAUUCCAUCAAGCGCCACACGGAAGCACGACCUCAGCUGGCCGAAGUGAUUCUGAAUGUGGUUAUAUUUGUCUUCAUGACACUCGUCGCGAUAUUGGGCACGUACCAGUCAAUUUCAUCGAUAAUCAGCAAAAGCUGAGGAUUAUGUAUAUUAUUAACAGUACGAAAUACUAGAUAAUUUUACCGAUACAGCAGCAGAAGCUGAGCUUAAUCGCAGGUGCCGAUAUUUGGGAACUUUAGAGACUAUAGCAGUGUAUACUAACCUACGUACAAUCAAACUGCUGUAUGAGUAAAUAUGAACCGUUGGUACACAAUGCAAGUAUCGACUUUUCCGUAGUCGGUACACGCUAGUCGGUACUCGGUAAUUGGUAACAGUCCAUUAACACUUCGCACGACGAAUCAAGAAUCAAGGGUCAAUACUACAUUUCCCUUCCCCAUGUUACCAAUUUAAAAAUAUGUACCGUAUGGCUGUGAUAUUAAUUUUCUAGAAAAACCGCUAUCUGUACAGGGAGAACAAAGUGAAAUAAAAAAGCUUAUUUACAUA